CACAGUAUUAAUUAAUGGGCUUUGAAAUCUUUCCCUUUCCCUCAUCCUCCCCACCAGCAUGACGUGAUUCCCUUUUGUUCUCAUUAAACCACACUCCCCCUCUACAAAACCCAGUUCACUGUCCCUUCACUCUUCCUCCUCACCUUACUGAACCAACAAUGGCUGUCGCGAGCUCUCUCUCCAUACUCUCUCUGAUUCUAUCUCUCUUCAAUGUCAGUCUCGCUCGUAAUCUCUACACCACAACAGUACUCGACGUCGCCUCCUCAAACCAACAAGCCCGCGACAUUCUCUCAUUCGACCCAUUACAAGCACGCGAAUCCUCUACUCAACAAUCCACCGAGCCAUGGUUGUUUUCCAAUACUUCUUCAUUCUCUCUCAACCUCCACUCUCGAGAAAUUGUUUACAAGACAUCCGUUGAGGACUACAAGAGCUUAGUUCUUACUCGACUAGAGCGCGACUCAGCCCGCGUCGACUCGCUUAACACAAAGCUCAAUCUCGCUUUGAAAGGCAUCAACAAGCAGGACCUUAAGCCAGUGGAGGUCGAGAUCCAACUGGAGGAUUUGUCAACGCCGGUUGUCUCCGGAACGAGCCAAGGCAGUGGAGAGUAUUUCACUCGGGUUGGAGUCGGGAGCCCCGCCAAGGAAUUCUACAUGGUUCUGGAUACGGGCAGCGAUGUAAAUUGGCUCCAAUGCCAACCAUGCUCCGACUGUUAUCAGCAAUCCGACCCGAUCUUCAACCCGGCAGCGUCGACUUCCUACAGUCCACUGACUUGCGACUCUCCACAGUGCAGAUCUCUCGAGACGUCCGGUUGCCAAAGCGAUAAGUGCCUCUACCAAGUGGCGUACGGCGACGGAUCGUACACUGUGGGCGAACUCGUGACCGAAACGGUGUCAUUUGCCAACUCCGGUGCUGUGAACAAUAUCGCAUUAGGGUGCGGCCACGACAACGAAGGACUGUUUGUGGCCUCCGCCGGGUUGCUUGGCCUCGGCGGCGGAAAGCUCUCACUCACUUCGCAAAUCAAAGCCAACUCGUUUUCUUACUGCCUGGUAGAUCGCGACUCGCCCAAGUCUUCUACUCUGGAUUUCAACUCAGCACAACUCGGAGACUCGGUGACCGCUCCAUUAAUGAGAAACAGCAAGAUCGAUACAUUCUACUACGUUCAAGUAAUCGGAAUGAGCGUCGGCGGGCAGCCGGUCUCGAUCCCGCCGGAGCUUUUCCAGAUGGACGACUCCGGUAGGGGCGGAAUCAUCGUGGACUGUGGAACCGCUAUAACUCGGUUGCAGACUCAGGCUUACAACUCGCUUCGCGACUCGUUCACAAAACUCACUACGAACCUCCGUCCCACGAAUCCCGUGGCACUGUUCGACACCUGUUACGAUAUGUCGUCCCUAUCCACAGUCAGGGUCCCAACGGUGGCGUUUCGCUUCGCCGGUGGCAUGGCCCUUGACUUACCAGCAAAGAACUACCUGAUUCCGGUUGACUCUAGUGGGACCUACUGUUUCGCAUUCGCCCCAACGUCGUCGCCUCUUUCAAUCAUCGGAAAUGUGCAGCAGCAAGGGAUCCGGGUCAGCUAUGAUUUGGCUAAUAAUCGGGUCGGGUUCUCGCCCAAUAAAUGUUGAUUUUAGUUGGUAAAAGGGAAUUGACCUUCCUAUCCUUGGAGAAAAAAAAAUAGUAAAUUAAGUGCUAUUAUUUAUAGUAGGAGUGAAUUUUAUUUCACUAAUUAGUAUGAAAAUGAAGAUGCAUGGGGGAACCCACCUAUAAUAAAUUCCCAAAAAGUUUUUUUUUUUUUUUCUCUUAAUAUUAUUGCUUGCUGUAAUAGGAUAGUUCUGUAGGUAAAGAAAAGAAAACCUUAUUUUCAUGGUCAGAAUUGUAAAAAUUUGUGAGUGAUUGUAUGCAAGUUUGCUUUGUAGUUUGUGAUCUAAAUAACAAGUAAUGUUUGUUAUAAGAUGA